AUGUGUUGCACAGGGUAUUCUGCCAGCCAAGAAACUCCUGAAGCCAAGAGGACGAGGACACAGCCUUACUUCAAGCAGCGGAAGAGGGUGCAGUUCCUAGAAGUGUCUUCAGACAGCGACGAGGAACCGCCGAGGAGCUUCAGCGCCGCGAAAGAGAACAGGGCUCCGAGGAGAGCUGCCGUCCUAAUCUCUGACCAGUCUGAGGAUGAUGAACAGCCUGAACUACCCCAGCUGGCAUAUGGAAAUGGUGGGGAUCAGGUGCCAGCUGUGAAGAAGAGUGUAGAGGAGGACAUGAAAGAUGGAAAGAUGCAAACAUUGAAGGAACUUUCUCCCCAAAGAAGUGACCAAGAUUUACUAGAAUUAAUAGAAUCAGCACACUCAGAGGAUGAAACAGAACCUGCUGGUUUGAAGUCCAAUGAUGAAGCUGCCUCUCAUAAAAGAAAAGCUGCUCCCACGAAAUGCAAAAAAAUAGAGCCAGUUGCAAAAAAGCCAAAAGCUAAUGAUCUUGGUGAGUCCAAACCCCAAAGACAAUGGGAGAGGCAAGAAGUUUCACGAGAGAAGCUUGUGAAGAGGCUGAAAUAUGUGUUCCCUAAAUUGGCUAAGGAGGAACUGAGAAAUGUGCUUCGGGAGCAUAACUGGGUGUUUGAUGAAGCACUAGAGGCCCUGGGAGUAUUUGCAGAAGAUGAUGAGGACAUGGAGCUUCCUCCCGAAAGUGAAGCUUCUCACUGGACCAAAGCCUCUGUUGAGAGCAGAGUUGAUGAGAGUAAAGAGAAGGCAGAGCAGAAACCUCCUGGGAAGGAGCAGAAUGGCUUUCAGAAGGAGGACAAAGACAAAAGGAGCGUUUGGAGUACUAAAACAGAAGCAGAAGACUCGGAGGACGAGUCUGAUUCCGAAGAUGGUGGUAGCUCCCUUGAUGAGGACUAUGACGACUACAUCAGUGGCGAGAGAGUGAUGGACGAUGGCUACAAAGCGAAAAUCCUCAGCUUCCUGCAGGAUGCUUCCCUGAGUGAACUGGCUUUGAUUCCUCAGUGUUCUCAGAAAAAGGCUCAGAAGAUAAUAGCGCUCCGGCCCUUUAACAGCUGGGAGGCUCUGUUUACAAAAAUGACUGAGACUACUGGUUUGUCAGGAGACAUAGUCUUGAACUGCAAGACACUGCUCAAGGAGAGGGACGUGAUUCUAAAGCUCAUGAAUAAAUGUGAAGACAUUUCCAAUAAACUGACAAAGCAAGUAACCAGGAUUACUGAAAAUGGAGGAUGUGGAGGGGUCAUAGGAGAACUCGCCAUUCUGAAUCAGAGGUUGGAACUCAAGCCUUAUCAGAAGAUUGGCUUGAACUGGUUAGCCCUGCUGCAUAAACAUGGAUUGAAUGGCAUACUGGCUGAUGAAAUGGGUUUAGGAAAAACAAUUCAAGCUAUUGCAUUUCUAGCUUAUCUCUACCAAGAGGGCAAUAGGGGUCCCCAUUUGAUAGUUGUGCCAGCUUCAACACUAGACAACUGGACAAGAGAAAUUCGUCUCUGGUGUCCUGAACUGGACGUCCUCGUUUACUAUGGAUCCCAAGAAGACAGGAAACAUCUCAGGGUGGACAUUAUGAAUAAAGUUGUUGAUUUCAAUGUGAUUGUAACUACUUACAACUGUGCAAUUAGCAGCUCAGAAGACAGAGGACUGUUCCGCAGGCUGAAGCUUAACUAUGCCAUUUUUGAUGAAGGUCACAUGCUCAAGAACAUGAGCUCUAUACGCUACCAGCACCUUAUGACAAUUAAUGCAAAGCAUCGUUUACUGCUAACGGGGACUCCAGUUCAAAAUAAUCUGCUGGAAUUAAUGUCCCUCUUGAAUUUUGUCAUGCCACAUAUGUUCAGCAGUAGCACAAGUGAAAUACGAAGGAUGUUCUCUUCAAAAACAAAGACUGCUGAAGAAACAAGCAUAUAUGAAAAGGAGAGGAUUGCACAUGCAAAGCAGAUAAUAAAACCAUUCAUCUUGAGAAGAGUAAAAGAAGAGGUCCUUAAACAAUUACCUCCCAAGAAGGAUCUCAUUGAAUUAUGUGACAUGUCUGAGAAACAGGAACAACUAUACUGUGAUCUCUUCAACAAGCUCAAGAAGACUAUUGACAGUAAUGUGAAACACUCUGAUAUGGGAAAUGUGAUGAUGCAACUUAGAAAAAUGGCUAAUCACCCCCUCCUGCAUCGCCAGUAUUACACGAAUGACAGGCUCAGGAAAAUGUCGACACUUAUGCUGUUGGAACCCACACAUUGUGAUGCUAGCCCUGACCUUAUCUUUGAAGAUAUGACAGUAAUGACAGACUUUGAGCUGCAUUUGCUUUGCCAGCAAUAUUCCAACGUCCAUAACUUCAAGUUAGACAUGGAUCAGAUCUUGGAUUCUGGAAAGUUUAGAGCACUGGAACGCAUUCUCUCUGACCUUAAAGAGAAGGGUGACAGAGUUGUAUUGUUUAGCCAGUUUACUAUGAUGCUGGAUAUUUUGGAAGUUUUCCUGAAACAUUGGCAAUAUAGAUAUCUUAGGUUGGAUGGAAAAACUCAUAUUUCUGAUCGAAUACAUCUAAUAGAUCAGUUCAACACAGACAUGGGUAUAUUUGUAUUCCUCCUGUCAACCAAAGCUGGUGGCUUGGGAAUUAAUCUGACCUCAGCAAAUGUUGUUAUUCUUCAUGACAUUGAUUGCAACCCAUACAAUGAUAAGCAAGCAGAAGACCGAUGCCACAGAGUAGGUCAAACCAGAGAAGUAAAAGUGAUAAAGCUAAUCAGCAAGGGGACUAUUGAAGAGUCCAUGCUUAAAGUCAGCCAGCAGAAGUUGAAGUUAGAACAAGAUAUGACUGCAGCAGAUGCAG